AUGAACUCAGUCUCGAAGCUGGUUUCUUCGGGAUGGAGUUACUUCGGCUACAAGGACACGUCUGCCAAGAGCAAGCAGAGCAGCCCCUCACGCACGCCACCGCCACCGCCAAAGCAUAUGACCAAUGGCGAGAUCCGAGCGAGGGUGGUCAGGGCUGAGAGUUUGCUUCUGACAUCCCUGAUCUUGCUGCUUCAGGAGAGCAUCAUGAGCUAUCUAAAAGCCGGAUUGAAUUUAAGGAAGGGAUACAAAUCUUACGAGACCAUCUGGGCGGAACUCAAGACUAUGGGUGACGAGGCCAACACACUCGUAGACAACAACACCCUUGGAGGCGUUUAUUUCGGACUGGGGACCAUCAACAUCGUCCUGGCAUCGAUGCCCGCCAAGAUUCUUCGGAUCAUUUCCUCAUUCGGAUACACAGGAGACAAGGCAUUUGGGUUCGAUCUUAUCUCCAAAUGUAUUGCCACCAAAGGAAUUCGAUCCCCAUUGGGGUCGCUCAUGUUCUUGUCAUAUUACAUCAUCCUCGCAGGAUUCGCACCCUCAGUCUUGGGCGAGACCAACAUCCCCAUUGCGGACAAAAUUCUUAAGGAGGCCCUCAACGACUAUAAGGAAUCGGCCUUUUUCCUGUACUUCGAGGGACGCAAUUGUCGACUAAAGGGCUCGAUUAAGGAGUCGACAGCCGCGUUUGAGUUGGCCUCGAGCAAGGCGACAAUUGAAUGGGGCUCAGAACUUCAGAGGCUAUGCGAUUAUGAGCUGGGCUUGAACUGCGCGAUUGCGAUGCAAUGGACGGAGGCUGCCACAUACUUUGACAGGCUUGUGAAGGAAAAUUAUUGGUCCAGGGUAUUUUUCCUCUACUUCAAGGCUGCAGCACUAGAGGCUAGUGGUAGGAAGCCGGAAGCAGUAGAAAUCUAUCAAACGAUCCCCGGUCUGGUCAGCCGCAAAUUUGGCGGCCGAACCAUCCUCGUGGAACAGUACGUGACACGCAAGGUCAAGCUGUUCGAGCAGACUGGGUUUGACGAUACGAACCUGCCUACGCUCGAGAUUCUUUUGAUCUGGAACGCCUUCGCAUCGAUGACCCCGGAGGUCUUAACUAGUUCUCUAGCCUUAGUUGAUGCACAGAUCAGCAAGAGCCGAGGCAAGAGCAGCCUCGAUUCUCUGGCUGUUCUCAAGACAAUUAAAGGUGCUAUUCUGCACCAGCUUGGCCGGCACAAGGAGGGUACAGAGUGCUUGGUCUGGGUGAUCGAUUUGCCUACAGGAAAAAUUGCCGAGGAGAAAUGGGUCGUACCGUUUGCGUGCUGGGAGGCUGGAGUGGGUAGCUGGAUCGAGGACAAGGAUCUGAAGGGAGAUAGACGGUGGGUGAGAGCGAAGGCACUGUGGGACAAGGCUGUUGGUUACUCUGGAUACGAGUUUGAGUUUAGACUCUCGAUCCGCAUUCAUGCCGCGAUGAUACGUAUCCAGGAGCUGAGCGAGCAGUCCAAAUUGUCCACAUUCCAUUAG